ACUGGAAUUUAUUAGUUAUUUUUCCAGCUGGUAUUUUAGAGUUCUAAUAUUAAUUGUAGGUUAGGAUUAAUAAAGUUGUAUUCAAGACAACUUGUAGUAAUCAAUUCCAAGCAUACUUGAGGUUUUUAAUACGCUAACUAUACAAAAUAGAAGACUAGGGCAUUAUCGGAGUGAACGAGAGGGAAAAUAGAAGAAGACAUGCAGAUGAAAGAGCAUGCAUACCCGUCGUGUUCCGGAGUCAUCCUUGUGCGAAGAUCUUGAUCAACAUCAAGAAGAAAAUCUUCAAUAUAUGAAGAUUGUGAUAUCGGAUGAAAUUGAGGUGAACGGAGAGUUGCCAACCGUGUCUGUCAAUGAUACCUUAGUGGAAGUGUGAUAGCCGUACAUGGUAUAGAUUAGAAAUCUUAGAUUAGAGGUUUUGUCAUAACAAUUUGGAGAAGAUCAUGUUCUUUAUGAUCGGUGUAACUGAUAAGGGUUGUUAGUAGUUGUAAGUUUGUUAAUAGUGGUUACAGGGUUUGUUACAAGUUGUUAGUUAGCUGAUGUGGCAAAGCAUUUUGAGUUGUAUAAAUACUUAGGGCUAUGCUGUAAAAACAGAAUAAUGAUGUAAUCAAUCUUCUUCUUCUCUCUAAGUAUCCUUCCCGGUUCUUCCUCCCCAAAAUAUCUUCCCUUCUUCCCCAAUCUUCUCAAACAUUCAUAGCAAGUUCAACUUGCUAUAUCAGUGGUAUCAGAGCUGCGACCGACCAGGGAUAGCAUCCAAUCUGACGUCUUCUGGAUCGUAUCAUUGAUUAACGGCCAUGGAAGCUCAGUUGAAGGUUACUAGUUGAAGGUUACUGAAGGUAGAUUCGCUGGUGUCGAUGACAGAUUUAAAGCCCAGGAACGCAAAAUGGAUGAACAAAUGAACCACCGGAGAAGGAGAAGGAGCCCAGCACCUCUACCAGCGGAGGUGAUGGAGGCCAUUCAUACUCACGAGCACUGAGUUUCAAUCCGAAACUAGAGUUCCCUAAAUUUGAUGGCAGCAACACGCGAAUCUGGAUUAAGAAGGCAUGUAAGUACUUCACCCUUUGUAAGAUUCCUGAUGAACAAUGGGUGGACAUUGCUAGUUUACAUAUGGUGGAUAGGGCUGAAAAUUGGGUUACUAGCUACAUGUCUUUCAGAAAAUAUGUUGCUUGGCAUGAAUUCAUCAUUGAUUUGAGUGCCAGAUUUAGAGAUGAAACAGGGAAUAAUGUAGUAGAACAAUUUAAAAGGCUAGAACAGAAAGGAUCACUUGAAGCCUAUAUUUAUGAUUUUGAGGAUCUGAGGUCUGUGUUGAGUCAGAACAACCAUUAUCUUCCUGAUUCUUUCGUUUUGGAUUCUUUUAUUGGUAGGUUGAAGCCUUCUGUGAAACUGUUUGUUAAAGCAUUUAAGCCUAGUACUAUAGCCCAGUCAACUGAAUAUGCUAGGUUAAAGGAGGAAUCAUUGGAAGUGGAGGGGUCAAGGUUCUCUAAAUUCAGCCACUCUUACAACAACAAACCUUCCGGGGAAAACUCCAAGGUCUUCACAAACAACUCAUCAAAACCUGCUCUCUUACCUACUCCCCAAAUAAAACCUGCUAGCUUUCCAAAAUAUGUACCUUCCACCCAUUCUGGGCCUAACAAGAACUUUAAAUACAUACCUGCUGAUGUGAGGGCUGAGAAAAUAGCCAAGGGACUGUGCUACUACUGUGAUCAACCUUUUCACAAGGGGCACAAGUGUAGUUUUAAGGAGCAACAAUUGUUUACAGUUGAAAUCCUGCUGAGGGAGCUCAUCAUAGUGAACAGGAGGAGUGCAUAGCUGAAUAUUUGGAGGACCAGUAUGAUGUAAGUGAGAGGGGAGGAAGAACCGGGAAGGAUACUUAGAGAGAAGAAGAAGAUUGAUUUCAUCAUUAUUCUAUUUUUACAGCAUAGCCCUACAUAUUUAUACAACUCAAAAUGCUUUGCCACAUCAGCUAACCAACUAACAACUUGUAACAAACCCUGAGAUUGAAGGUCGUGGAAGGGGCUCCAGCUCCAAAAGUGUUCAACAAUUCUAUUCAGUUUUGCCUACUGCAAAUCUUUGCUAAGACAGAGAAUGAUGCUUCCAGUCUCUUACAUUGUGCUGAAAGUAGAGAGCAGACUGUUUUAGAUAAUGAACUGGAAAAAUUAAAGAAAGACUUUAGUAUGCU